CUGAUAUAGAACAAAAAGAUGUUUUUAAACUUAAUUCAACUUUUGGUAGACUUUGUAAAAUAAUAGUACAAGUAGCUAAACGUAAAUCUAAAGGAAAAGGCCUGCAAAAUAUUACUUAUUCAGCACAAUUUAGUGAUUUUUUAACUGUUCUGGCAA